AGGCUCCAAUCGGUUAUUUGCAACAACGGUCCAAAGCGCGCACCCGUCAGCGGUGGAGAAGGGAGGACUGAAGGCGGCAGAAAGACAAAUAAAGGCCAAUUAACAGAAUAAUCUGAAAAACCACAACACGAAAUUCAGCCGAGAUGUCAGAGGAAAAGCCAAAGGAGGGAGUAAAGACCGAGAACGAUCACAUCAACCUCAAGGUUGCGGGGCAAGAUGGCUCAGUGGUCCAGUUCAAAAUCAAAAGACACACACCCCUCAGCAAACUAAUGAAGGCGUACUGUGAACGACAGGGUCUCUCAAUAAGGCAGAUCAGGUUCAGGUUUGAUGGCCAGCCCAUCAAUGAGACGGAUACACCAGCGCAGCUGGAGAUGGAAGACGAAGACACCAUAGACGUUUUCCAGCAGCAGACAGGCGGGCACUGCUAAGCCCUACGCACCUCAUUGACGGCCACCCUCAGACCACACCCUCAGCCACCUUCACUGUUCCUCCCUUCCCCAUCCCUCCUCUCAGCCUGUUAUUGUUAUUAUUAUUAUUAUUAUAAUUAUUAUUAUUAUUUCUUCAGUUUAAAUAUUUCUGUCAUGGUUUUUUCAUCAGGUGUGUGUAUGGGGGCUCCUCAGCUGUUAAUGUACUGUCUCGGUCAGGAGUGAACUUUUGUCUGUCUCUCUGCUGGCCUAUCAGGACAACAUUUUUCCCUCUGGCACCGCAGCCUUGUGAUUGGACCAACGGCUUGUCAUGGCUGUUCCUGGUUUGUCGCUGCUUCUCGUUCACUGUAUCCAGUGAAAACUUAAUAUCCAGUAGUUUGUCAUGGUUUUCCAUCCAUCCAUCAGGGUCGACUGUUUUUGUUUUUUUGUCCAGCAGGGGUCAGUGGGCGUGAAAAUAUUUUGAGGUGGAAAGUAUCUGAACGUAACACACACCCGCUUUCCAUUUCACUACGCUUUGUUGUUUCUUUUUCUUUCUUUCUUUCUUUUUUUUUUUCGACCGGCGACUCCUGCUUCUCUUCUUUCAGAAAAUUGUAUUUUAAUUCUCUUUGCAUUUUAGAUGCUUCUCCAAUGUUUUUUGUAUUUUUGUCCCUUAUUUUAAGAAUUAACACCCACUUGGCUUGUUAAUUAUGUUUUUCCCUCUACUCCUGUACAGAAGUAUCAGAAUGGGUGUUAGAUAUAUGUUGUGGGGCUUGGACCAAUACUCCAAAAAAACAAAACAAAAAAAAAAACAAAACAAAAAAAAACAUAACGCCUGCUUCGUGUUUGAUGUAACUCUCUGUCUCUCUCUAAAAGAGAACUGCGAAGUCAAAAACUGUUGCAUUUAAAGGCGUUGGUAGUCCAUCAAUGUUAUUUGCUUCCUCUUCGGCUAAUGGACAACGAUUUGUUUGUGGGUGCCUGCGGUACAGACGACUGUUUGCUCGCGCAGGAAAAAUGCCUCUUUCUGGUAGAGAACUAAAUACUAUUGAGGCACGUCCUGCGGCGCGUUUGACUGUAAGAUUAGUCUCUUGCCGCGGAAUACAUAACUUUUUGUGUCUAUUUUCCUAUGAAGUGGGCCAGUGACCAGUCCCCGCUCUGUUCUUGGUAGCACUUCUGUCGUGGUAGAUGGUGGUCUGUGGGUGGGAGUGACAUAAAUAUUGUUCCCCAGUGCUCUUUUUGGGGUCCGCUGUCUCAUCUCUGUAUUGUCCUUGCAGGUGUGGGUUGAUGGGGCAGCUGACUCUAGAUACACUUUGUAGUGGAGCAGCUUCCAAUAUCCCAACGAAAGCCAGUAUGUUUUUGUUAACCCAUUGAAGACACUUUUUAUCGCUUGCUGAGAUAUUGUUUGCUGGCGCGGCGUGCUGUUGUGGAGAUAUCUCGAGCGGUGAGGGGUGUCUUCGCGGUUUUUUACUUUUCAGAGAGCGACGCGUGCAGUUCGUUGCAUAUCGGUAGUGCAGGGACGGCAGCCAACGGAGUUCUGGAGAUGAGCGUUCUGCACCCACAGGGCCCCGUUCUUCGUACUCGGGUGGCCACGUUUGCUUUGAUUGUUCAUGGUCUGACACAAGCUUGGAUUUUUCAGCUCGGUCAGUAUUAAAAUGCCAUCGAAGCGAGCAGUCCACGAGCUCAGAGUUGGACGGUAUCAACUGUUUUUAAAAGAUCGUUAAAAUGGUCAGAAAAGGCUGCACCUUUCUUUACAAGCACUCGCUUGGGGGUUAUAUCUAGUUUUGGGUGAGGCCACACAUAUUACAAAUACAGCAAAAUAAGAUCCUAGUUCUCAUCUGUGCUAGAAAGGUGCCGUCUUUUGUUUUUAAAUCAAUAAAGUGUAGUUACACUAUGUUUUCAGCUUUAUUUUUGUACACAUUCAAUAUAAUAAUCAUGAGUCGUUGCCAGUACCCUUACAUUUUUAAAUAGAAACAUGCUCGUAAAAGGCCAUCAUUUGUUAAAAGUGCGUGGUACAGAGGGAGACAUGUUCGACAUGCCUCCGCACAAGCCAGUCAUAAGUAACGGUUGUCAUUUCCACUUUCCUCACACAAAAUAAGAGCACAGUGACACAACUACACCAACUAAUCAGCCUUCCACUCGCAGUUUCCCAACAGUUCGCUGGAUAAAGACGUGGGUUUUUUCGUUUAUUUUCGGCCGUCAGCUGAACUAAACUGUAACGUAUGAAGAACGGGGCCCAGGUCUUGUCAUGUUAUUUGUUUCUCUACUGAUUUGUACAUUAUUUGUGGUCUUUUACUACUGUAUACAAUAAAUAUAGUUUGGUACUCAGA